CCGGGCCGGUGCGUGUGUGUAUGCGAGUGUGUGUGUGAGUGUGCCGGUGAGCGGCGCGGGGCGGCUCCGGCCGCCUGACGCCGGCCGGGCCACAUCCAUCCCGAUCCCGAUCCCGAUCCCGAUUCCGGCGCGGAGGAGCUGCCUGCUGGCCGCCCGUCACCGCCCGCCAGCCGGUUGUCAACCAGAAGGUUUUAGAAUAACGAGAAGGUUGUGACCAUCAAGGGGGGAUGUCAGCACUGCCUUCCUGGGACUGGAGGAUUGAAAUGGAGAAAGGACCAGAACUGUUUGAUCCAGGCUGCUUUUGACUGCUGACACAAUCUGCUGUUCCCUGGUGGUGGUGGUGGAAGAACAAGGCAGUUGUUCCUGCUUGGUUCUGUGGUGUCACCACAGCAGGGUCACUAUGAAUGUAACAAGCUUAUUCUCCUUCACCAGCCCAGCAGUGAAGAGGCUGUUGGGGUGGAAGCAAGGGGAUGAAGAAGAGAAGUGGGCAGAGAAAGCUGUUGAUGCAUUAGUGAAAAAACUGAAGAAGAAAAAAGGUGCUAUGGAGGAACUGGAAAAAGCACUAAGCUGUCCUGGUCAGCCCAGCAACUGUGUGACAAUUCCUCGUUCCUUGGAUGGCCGGCUGCAGGUGUCACACCGCAAGGGGCUCCCGCACGUCAUUUACUGCAGAGUGUGGCGCUGGCCCGACCUGCAGAGCCAUCACGAACUGAAACCUCUGGAAUGCUGCGAGUUCCCCUUUGGUUCAAAACAGAAGGAGGUUUGCAUCAAUCCCUACCACUACAAGCGGGUGGAAAGUCCUGUUCUUCCUCCGGUGCUGGUUCCGAGGCACAGCGAGUACAACCCCCAGCACAGCCUCUUGGCGCAGUUCCGCAACCUGGGGCAAAACGAGCCCCACAUGCCGCACAACGCGACCUUCCCGGACUCUUUCCAGCAGCCCAGCAGUCACCCCUUCCCCCACUCGCCCAGCAGCAGCUACCCAAACUCACCUGGGAGCAGCAGUAGCACCUACCCGCAUUCUCCGGCCAGCUCAGACCCAGGAAGCCCUUUCCAGAUGCCAGCUGAUACUCCCCCGCCCACUUACCUGCCUCCAGAAGACCCGAUGACACACGAUACCUCCCAGCCCAUGGAUACCAACAUGAUGGCACCUGCAAUUCCCCCUGACGUGCACAGAGGAGAUGUCCAGGCCGUUGCUUACGAAGAGCCGAAGCACUGGUGCUCCAUUGUCUACUACGAGCUGAACAACCGCGUUGGGGAGGCGUUCCACGCGUCCUCCACCAGCAUCCUGGUGGAUGGCUUCACUGACCCCUCCAACAACAAGAACAGGUUCUGCCUGGGGCUGCUCUCCAACGUCAACCGCAACUCCACCAUUGAGAACACGAGGCGGCACAUUGGCAAAGGUGUUCAUCUCUACUACGUUGGAGGGGAGGUGUACGCUGAAUGUUUGAGUGACAGCAGCAUCUUUGUGCAAAGUCGGAACUGCAACUACCACCACGGGUUCCAUCCCACCACGGUCUGCAAAAUCCCCAGUGGCUGCAGUCUGAAGAUUUUCAAUAAUCAAGAGUUUGCUCAGCUCCUGGCUCAGUCCGUGAACCAUGGCUUUGAGACAGUGUAUGAGCUUACUAAGAUGUGCACUCUCCGCAUGAGUUUUGUAAAGGGUUGGGGAGCUGAAUAUCAUCGCCAGGAUGUAACGAGCACUCCAUGCUGGAUAGAGAUACAUCUCCAUGGUCCCCUUCAGUGGCUGGAUAAAGUACUUACUCAGAUGGGCUCUCCUCAUAAUCCUAUUUCUUCAGUGUCUUAAAAGGUCCCAAGCUCCUGCAUUUUGGAAACAGUUGAGCCUUGCAUGUACUUGAAAGAUGUAUGAGUCAGACACACGUUUUUCCUUUUUUCACCCCCUCAGCUGGCAACAGCUGAAAAAGAGCCAUGAAAACACUUGACUUCUGUGACCAACUGCUGGGUUCAGAAAACAAAGAUAAAUAAACCCCUUUAACAUACUGUUGGUAUAAAGAAUUUUAGUUUACAUUGUAAUGUACUAUUGUGGAGUUGAUUUACAGGGCUUAGUACAAGAGGGACAACAGAGCCAAAGCCAAACUCAGCGUGCUGGACAGAGUUCCCGAAGGAUUUUUCUGCAGCCGUCACUCUUAAGGUUCUCCUUCCUUACAUUCAGCACUCACUGGUUUCCCCCAGGUCCUCUGGAGGGAAGAGUGGAUGUUGGCCAAGUCUGCUUUUUGCAGCCUCUCUUCAGUACCUCUUAGAAACAUUACACUGAUGGUUGCUGUUCUCUUUCAAAGUAAAAGAAAGCAUAACGUUUAAUCUCAAUAACUGUGUGCUAUCUCUGAAACUGUGUCCUGACCG